GCACCAUUCUUUCCACAGAGAGCUGAUAUUUGAAGAAGUAUUUUCAUUAGUUCAAGAAAAAUAUGAUGUAUCUAUCCCAAGCAUCACUCUUGUUCUUAAAUGUAUGUAUUUUCAUUUGUGGAGAAGCUAUACAAGGUAGCUGUGUUCAUCAUUCUACGGAUUCUCUAGUAGGUAACAGUGCGGCAGAUAAAACUAAUCUCAAAGAUGAAAAUCAAAGUAACCCUGCUGUGUACAAGGAAGACUGUAAGGAGUCACGUGAUGCUAAGACCAAAGUAACCCGAGAAGAAAAACAUUUUAUAUGCAGAAACCUGCAAAAUUCUAUUGUUUCUUAUACAAGAAGUACCAAAAAACUACUGAGAAAUAUAAUGGAUGAGCAGCAAGCGUCUCUGGAUUAUUUAUCUAGCCAGGUUAAUGAGCUCAUGAAUCGAAUUCUCCUUUUGACUACUGAGGUUUUCAGAAAACAGCUGGACCCCUUUCCUGCCAGGCCCAUUCAGUCACAUGGUUUGGAUUGCACUCAUAUUAAAGAUUCAAUUGGCUCUGCCACCAAAACCCCUAGUGGUUUAUAUAUAAUCUUUCCAGAGGGAUCUAGCUACCCAUUUGAGGUAAUUUGCGACAUGGAUUUCAGAGGAGGAGGAUGGACAGUGAUUCAGAAAAGGAUGGAUGGGACAGUUGACUUCCGGAGGCCAUGGUGUGAUUACCUGGAUGGAUUUGGAGACCUUUUAGGAGAAUUUUGGCUAGGACUGAAAAAGAUUUUUUACAUAGUAAACCAAAAAGAUUCUAGUUUUAUGCUUCAUGUGGCCUUGGAAUCCGAAGAUGACACCUUGGCUUAUGCUUCAUAUGAGAAUUUUUGGCUAGAGGAUGAAACACGAUUUUUUAAAAUACACUUAGGACGAUAUUCAGGAAAUGCUGGUGAUGCAUUCCGGGGCUUCAGAAAAGAUGAUAACCAGAAUGCAAUGCCUUUCAGCACCUCAGAUGUUGAUAAUGACGGAUGCCACCCUGCUUGCCUGGUCAAUAAUCAGUCAGUGGAGAGCUGCAGUCACCUUCAUAACAACACUGGCUGGUGGUUCAACCAGUGCGGCCUCACGAACCUAAAUGGCGUCCAUUAUGUUCCUGGAAAAUUGCGUGCAACUGGCAUUCAGUGGGGUACAUGGACCAAAAACAAUUCAUUUGUCAGGAUUAAAUCUGUUUCAAUGAAGAUUAGAAGAAUUUACAACCCAUAUUUUAAGUAAUCUUAUUUUAAAUUGUAGCACAAUUUCCAUAGUUACUUUUGAAAACAUACUAAAAUUUUUUUUACAUAGUUUCUUAUUUAGAGUUUAGUAUUUAGCUAAAAAUUCAAUAUAGAUGGCAUGUUAGUGUUAUGGGUUUAAUUGUAAACCCAUUUUGUAGCACUUAUAAAAGCAAUCAUGGCAUAUCAUGGUAUGUUUUCUAUUGACUAUAUUAACAUUAUGUGAUUGCUUGCAAGAUGCAUAGUGUUUUUAAAGGAACUUGCCUUCUGUUUGAGCAUGUAAACCAUAGUAAGUUGUUAGGAAAACUGAGGAGAGAAUCUUAAUUAUUUCUAUAUCUAUAUGCUUACUUACAUAAUUUACAGAUAAUUUCUUCUGAACACAGUUACAAGAAGCAACACAUAUGGAUUGAUACAUUAACACCACAGGGUUAAAAAAUUUUACCAACUGAUACCACAAUAUUUUA